AUGGACAUGAGGGCGUCGACUUCGAAAACAGACAUGGUGGACGCUCUUCGUCGCUACCGUGAGAUCCUGAGGUGGGAGACCAAUGUGCUAAGGAUUGAGGUCACAUCCCGGGGCCUGGAGACGAUCACCGGAAAGAAGGCUUAUCUACAGCGUCAUAACUCCGACGGAAGAUCACUAGCUCUCGACUCACCUCAGCUAGACGAGCAGCUGUCCGGCCACAAGAUCGCGAGCCUGCCUCUGGUGAGUUUGCCCUACCUCGUCGAUAAUCAUGAGGAGGCCCUCGAUCUGCUCUUGCACGAGGCGCACAAGCUGGGCUACCGGGUCCAAUCCCUACAGGAACUCGGUGUCCCAAUCUCCUUGGAGACGGUCAGAUUACUCUAUCUCGUGUCAAAAAGAUGCACGGAGAUCUCCAGAAACAUAGCGAGGCAUGGGUCGCCAAAUUCAGGCAAAUCUAACUCUCAGGACACUCCCGCAAUUUCCGCUUACAAAGAGCGUCGUGCAAGCUGGGAAUCCAUUUGGGGCAGCCCCGUGUUAAGGUGUGGCGGCUUCAAUGAUAUAACCACACUGUCUCCUAUGUACUUUACCCCCUGCGCCCCUGGUAUCAUCCCAUCCUCCGCCUUUGCCACCAAGGCCUUGCAGAUCUACUCGUUCGAAAUCUUUGAGCUAGAUGACAGCUUGAAGUGGCCACUCUAUGUGUACGGCAUAGUUGCUGCUCGAGAUACUUUGGAUGGUAACCGCAACCUUCUCUUCUCUCGUUCCAGGGCUAACUGUCAAGUACUCACUGAAAAGGAUCCUUUUUUGCACUUGACUGGUCCUUCGCGUGCUAUUCUGGCUGAGUACCCAGUUGACUUUGAAGUUGAACUAAGGAUAAAAGAUGGAGCAGAGUCCCAAGAUAAAGAAUUGAUGAGUUCUACUAACCACCACCAUUUCUGUGGUGAUACUGCUCUUUUCCUUGGCUGCCUAUGUAGCGCAGUGGUGGGCCUUGAGACUAUUAGGAGUGCAGUCCAGGCCACUAUCUUGUCUAUUCGUGUUGUUGGAGGGCGGUCUCCUUUUCAAUUUGGUGUCCAAGUAGCUUGUUCAUCGUCUACUGAAGGUGUUAUUGCUGAUGCAUGUCGGCAAGUUGUGUUGCUUAAUUCUGUUGAAAAAAUUCCCGAAGAUGGACUGGAUGGUUACCUUCCUCUGUCAAGGAAUGUUGUUACAGUGAAAUCAAAAGGAUCGCUCAGGAUUAACAUAAAAUGCUAUACAGAGUCUGGUCAGGAUGCUCAUGAGGUCCAGCUUGAUUUCCCUGCCCAACAUUGCCAAAUAAGCACUCAAGAAUGUACUAUUGGCGAUUCUAAGCUGCAGGUUGUCAUUGCUUGGUCCCUACUUGUGAGAGACAAGCUCGACAACUUGGUGGAGGGGUACAUCUUCCCUAUGUGA